AUGGCAGACAUGAUCGCAAUUAACGCCGGCGCAUUGCGCGACGACAUUGUCUCUGAGGUGGAGGGUAGUGAAUUGGCGUUAAUGAUCAGCCUAAAUGCGUUCACCGGUUAUGAUAUUUCGCCACCUUAUUGUAGAAUAUUGAAAUUGAAUUCGUCUAAAAAAGAUAUAACUUAUUCGGAAAGUUAUACUCUCCCAGCUUUUAAGACGGAAUGCGUACCGGGCAAGAACGUUCCUUUGACUCAUAUCGAAUCGGAUACGAAUCCCGAAAAUCUCGAAAAUGGACACGUUCUCACAUUUAAUAUAAGGGUAAAUUUAACCGCUUUACGGCUUCAUUUUGGGGGUGCGGAUAAUUUCCAAGGUUGCGAAUACCAAAAAAUAUUAAGGGAUUAUAAGUCAAACAGUCCGGACAACGUCAUCACGUUUACUAAGCCGAUUUCGUUUAAGUACCAGGUGGGAGUUCGAAUAUAUGCUGAUUCUUCCCAGACUCGCCAUGACGUAAAUCGGAAUUUCGACUUUUUCGUACGGGUUAAGUGUUUCGAUAAGAAAAAAUCCGUUAUUUAUCGAAAUGUGCACACAGCUGCUUGCGAAUCGGUGUCUCAUUACGUCAACUGCCACUCAUCCAAGGGGAGAGCUAAAGAAUCGAUGCCUAAGUUCAAUAUAUUGCUCGUAGGAAUAGAUUCGACGUCGAACAAAAAUUUUGAGAGAAGUUUAGUCGAAACUUACCAAUACCUGACUUCCAAAAGGAAAAAAGUUUUUCGCUUUGAAAAGUACGCGAAAAUUGCGGAUAAUACGUACCCAAAUUUGAACGCGCUGCUAACGGGAAGAUUUGUAUGGGAAAAUAAUCCUAAUGGCGAUAAAAAUUAUUUUGACAAUACCAGUUUAAUAUGGCGCGAAUACGAAAAAAGCGGGUAUUCUAGCAUUUUCUUAGAAGACGAACCCGAUUUUUCAACUUACAAUUAUUUGAAAAAGGGAUUUUAUAAACCCCCUUCUAAUUUUUAUUCGCGACCAUUUUCGUUAGAAUGGCAAAAGGUGAUGAGCCAGUUAUCGUCAUCUUCGUCGACGCAUUGUUCCGUGUACGGGAAAAAUGAGGUUGAAAUGUUGCUAGAUUAUUCUAAAUCAUUGAUUCAGGAAAUGGAGAAAUCCAAUCACCCUAUUUCAAUUUUAACUUUAUCACUCAAUAUACGCAUGGCCAUUUGCAAGGGCUAG